GUGUCUCGUUGGCCGUCGGCAGUGCAGGAGCAAGUGUCUUAGUCCGUAGGCGUGAAGCAGGGACCAGGGUCUAUUGUCUGUAUUUGACUCCAUAGUUUGGUCCCAGGCCUUCCAAAGCUUUCCUGGGGCAGUCGGCCGAGGCCACCGCGACCGCCCCCGCCCCUCCCCUCCGUCCCCGGGACCGGGAGGGACCGAGUCCGUGUCACGCCCCUCCGCGCCUGCCGUUCCCUUCUGUGUCGUUGCGUCCGCAUCGCGUCCCCGGAAUCAGACGGUGCCCCAUAGAUGGCCAGCUUUCCCCUGAGGGUCAACGAGAAAGAGAUCGUGAGAUCACGUACUAUAGGUGAACUUUUAGCUCCAGUAGCUCCUUUUGACAAGAAAUGUGGUCGUGAAAAUUGGACUGUUGCUUUUGCUCCAGAUGGUUCUUACUUUGCUUGGUCACAAGGACAUCGUACGGUAAAGCUUGUUCCGUGGUCCCAGUGCCUUAAGAACUUUCUCUUGCAUGGCACCAAGAAUAUUACGAAUUCAAGCAGUUUGAGAUUGUCAAGACAAAAUAGCGAUGGUGGUCAGAAAAACAAGCCUCGUGAACAUAUUAUAGACUGUGGCGAUAUAGUCUGGAGUCUUGCUUUUGGAUCUUCGGUUCCAGAAAAACAGAGUCGCUGUGUAAAUAUAGAAUGGCAUCGAUUCCGAUUUGGACAAGAUCAGCUCCUCCUUGCCACAGGGUUAAACAAUGGGCGUAUCAAAAUAUGGGAUGUAUAUACAGGAAAACUCCUCCUUAACUUGGUAGAUCAUACUGAAGUGGUCAGAGAUUUAACUUUUGCUCCAGAUGGGAGCUUAAUCCUAGUGUCUGCUUCAAGAGACAAAAGUCUGAGAGUGUGGGACCUGAAGGAUGAUGGAAACAUGAUGAAAGUAUUGAGGGGCCAUCAGAACUGGGUAUACAGCUGUGCAUUCUCUCCUGACUCUUCUAUGCUGUGUUCAGUGGGAGCCAGUAAAGCAGUUUUCCUUUGGAAUAUGGAUAAAUAUACCAUGAUCCGGAAACUAGAAGGACAUCACCAUGAUGUUGUAGCUUGUGACUUUUCUCCUGAUGGAGCAUUACUGGCUACUGCAUCUUAUGAUACUCGAGUGUAUAUCUGGGAUCCGCAUACUGGAGGCAUUCUGAUGGAAUUUGGGCACCUGUUUCCCCCACCUACUCCAAUAUUUGCCGGAGGAGCAAAUGACCGAUGGGUACGAUCUGUAUCUUUUAGUCAUGAUGGACUGCAUGUUGCAAGCCUUGCUGAUGAUAAAAUGGUGAGGUUCUGGAGAAUUGACGAGGAUUAUCCUGUGCAAGUCGCACCUUUGAGCAAUGGUCUUUGCUGUGCCUUUUCUACUGAUGGCAGUGUUUUAGCUGCUGGGACACAUGAUGGAAGUGUGUAUUUUUGGGCAACUCCGAGGCAAGUCCCUAGCCUUCAACAUUUAUGUCGCAUGUCAAUCCGGAGAGUGAUGCCCACCCAAGAAGUCCAGGAGCUGCCAAUUCCUUCCAAAGUUGUGGAGUUUCUCUCCUAUCGUAUUUAGAGGGUCUGCCUUCCCUGCUGGGAGGGGCUGACAGCACCCUUUACACAAACCUCAAGCUUUACUGACUUCAAGUAUCUGUUCUUCAAGGUUUAAAAGAUUUAUUUAAUUUGAUACAUUCUUGUAUUGCAUUUUGAUCAGUUGAGCUUUUAAAAUAUUAUUUAUAGACUAUAGGAGAAAUAUUUCUGAACAUAUGAAAUGUACAUUUAUAACUGUGAAAACAUAUACAUACCUGUAUAUAUAUUUAGAUGUAAGCUGCUGUGUGUUGAAUGGCCCCUCGUUUUGCUUUUCUAAUUUUUAGUGCUGCCGUGUGUAUAUUGCUUCAGUAGAGCCACAGUGUGUGUCUUUGCUGUAGGGAGGAAGGAAUCGUUCUUUACUCUGGGACACUGAGUUGGAUGGUAGAUGUUGACUGAAGAGAACUGAAUUGCCUCAUCCAAGAUGUGUAUGUUGGGAGGCUCAGACAUCUGACCUGCUAGUAAGACACGGUUUUUGUAUAGGGAAGGGAUUUUGUUUUCUUUAGGAAUGGCAUCUGAGAGGUAGAGUUUGAAUGUGACAUCAUUAAAUAAAAAACAGAGCCAGGAUAUAACUAGAAAAAGGGUGUCUCCCCCCCACCCCCUCACUACUGCUGCGGGCCUUAAUUUUGGAAAGCAGCUUGUUACUUUAACCCCUGUGGUAUAAAGUAUUAUAAACUUUUAGUCAAUUUGAAAAAUCCACCUACUGUAUUAUUGCUAAAUAUUUUGUUGUUUGUACUAAGGGACGAUUAUUUCAAGACCAUGUUUUUUUGCGCGUUUCUUUUUACAUGUAUCCUGUGUUUCUGUAGGGGAUAAUAUUGGUGACUUGCCAAAGAGAAGCCAUACAGCAUGUCUGCUUUUGCCUUCUGUUGUUUAUCUCACCUGCAGAUACUAAGAAUGUAUGCAUUAUGUAAAAUGCUUGAUUAUAUAUUUUUGUUGAGUUUUUUAAUUAAAGACUUGUAAAAAAAAGGC